AUGAGAUACUUCGUUCUUGCCUGCGCCCCCCUUCUGUAUGCGGUGACGCUCGCCUUCCCUCGCGCAGACUACGUAAGCGAGGGAAAGCUGCCUGCGGGCCAUCCUCCGCUGGAUUGGAAGCCCGCAGGCCUAGGAGACGCAAGGGCACCCUGCCCGAUGCUCAACACCCUGGCAAACCACGGGUACCUGCCGCACGACGGGAAAGACAUCACCAAGGCGCACACCAUAGCCGCGCUGCACUCGGCGCUGAACAUUGACCGAGAGCUGGCCCAGUAUCUCUUCCAAGAGGCGCUGACGACCAACCCGGCCGCGAACGCCACAACUUUCUCGUUGAACGAUCUGAGUCGCCACAAUAUCCUCGAGCAUGAUGCUAGUCUGAGCCGACUGGACUACUACUUCGGCGACAACCACGAUUUCAACCAGGCGAUCUUCGACCAGACGCGCCAGCACUGGCCCGACCCGAUUAUCACCGUGCAGGCCGCAGCCAACGCGCGCGAGGCCCGCGUGCGCACCUCCAACGCCACAAACCCGACCUUCACGCUGUCGGAGCUCGGGACUGCGUUCGGGUACGGCGAGACAGCGGCGUACAUCAUCAUCCUGGGCAAUAAGACCUCUGGGUUGGUGGACAGGUCGUGGGUGGAGUAUUUGUUCGAGAACGAGCGUCUUCCGGUUGAGCUUGGCUGGACUAGACAUGAGGAGGCGGUCUCGAUGGACGAUCUGGAAGGCAUGAUGCAGGAGGUGAUAAAUGCGACAGGGCAUGCUGAGGAGGUCAAGAGAGAAUUGGUUCGGCGGGGUGACUUGCACGUGGGACGGAGGGCCUGA